AUGUUUUCCGCCUUCCACGACUUUGAGUUCAGACCCGGCAGCCUCCAGCGGUGGAUUCAGGCCGCUGGCGCGCCCGACCUGCGUCUGCCCGACGUCACCCGCAAGGUGCUGCCCUUCAUGCUGGCCUGCACCGUGCUAGAGUUCUUCGUCGCCGCGCUGCUGCACAAGAAGGUGUACUACCGGAGGCAGACGUGGAGCAACGUCGCCGGGGGGGCCAUAGGCUUCGUGCUCUCGGGUCUCUUUCUCAGAGGCUUGAACGUGUUUCCUUACCUGGCGGUCUACCACUUCAUUGGCCUGAAGUUGAUCGGCCCAGCGACGUCCAACAACAUCUGGGUGAACAUCUUUGCCUUCCUUGGCUUCGAUUUCACUCACUACUGGGCCCACAGGGCUGGACAUGUCACCAACAUUGGAUGGGCUGGCCACAGUGUGCACCACAACUCUCCGGACAUGAAUUUCACAACUGCAUUUCGACAGGGAAUCACAGAGCCAUUCAUCGCAUGCUGGUUCUACCUUCCUGUGGCACUCGUCUCUCCUCCUGAUGUUUUCUUUUGGCACAGGAGCAUAAACCUUGUGUACCAGUUCUUCCUCCACACACAAGUUAUUCCUAAGCUGGGACCCUUGGAGUGGGUCUUGAACACCCCAUCCCACCACCGUGUCCACCAUGCCAGAAACUACGGAAGAGUCAACUACGCAGGCGUGCUCAUCAUUUGGGACAGGAUGUUUGGCACAUUCGAGGAAGAGCGAGACGACAAGCCGUGCUUGUAUGGUCUUGACGAGCGCCAGGUCCCUCUGGAUACCCACAACCCCAUGUGGCAGCAGCUCUUUCAUUGGGUUCCAACAAUCAAGAUGUUCUUCAAGACUCGCAAUCCCAUGGUCCUUUUCACGAGGGCGACCGGGGAGGGAAUGCUGCAACCCCACGUUGUUGAUGCUCUCACUAGCAGAGACGGCAAAGAGUAUCCGAAAGUGAACACCACCCAUUUCAAGCUCCCCAAGGACGGCAUCCCUUGCGAUUCCAGACCUUUGUCCCUGCUGGACGUCUACGUCGCAAUCCAGUCCCUGGCGCUGGCGGGCCCGGCCACCCUUGCCAUCAUGCGCAUGUGCGGCGGGUGGACACCAGUGGAUACGGUUGUUGCGGUCUUGCACACUGGCGGUGCGUUCACGACGUGCGGCAUGUUCCUCGACGGCACGAAGAUAGGGAGGAAUUACGAAAUCGCCAGACUGCUGCUGCUUGCUGCAACGGCCUGGUACUACCUGGCAGCUCCUUAUGUGUACUGGGUUCAGAUCUACGGUGCGAUUUCCAUCGCUGUCUGCUGUUUCGUGCACAGCACGUCCGGCUUGCAUGCGACAAAGGCGAAGAAGGCUUGA